AUGUGGCGCCCUCUAGUGGACAGUCUUUACCAUCACCGCUACAUGCUGCUCAGUAUUAGUUUGUCUUUUCAUGGAUAAAUGUCCUUUAACAUGUUUUCCAGACUCACAGCGUUAACUCUGCGGGUGACGUCUUAUCCCGCCGCCUUCACUUCGUUAAGCUCCGGCUGCAGGUUGAUGGUGGAACAUGACCGACAGAACCAGCGCUUCACGGUCACUCCGGGCAGCGGCGCCGGGACCCAUGAAUGUGCAGUGCUGAGCUACAAAUUCACUGGAGAGAAGGAAGUGGAUCUGAUGUCAACCUACGUACCAGAGACGUUCAGGGGCCAAGGUGUCGCUGCACUGCUGUCACAGGCUGCGAUGGACUUUCUGGUUGAAGAAAACCUCAAGGCUCGUGUCUCAUGUUGGUACAUACAGAAAUACAUCGAGGAACACCCACUGCAACAUUUUAAAGACCUCGUUAUCACUUGACUGAAGCUCAUUUGUCUGCUAGAGCCUGAACUGCUACCUCAAAUCAACUACAACCUCAUGUACCCGUCUGUUCGACACUAUAGAGGCCAAAGGGAGAAUGUAAAACACCUGCAGCAUCUAAGUUGUAGUUGUGAAUGACAAUUGUUUGUUUGAGGCACAGUAUGAUUCAUAUAAUUUCUAAAGAAUCAUAAAUUUAAUAUGAGUAAAGUUACGCAAAAUCAAGGUGAAGUUGCUGAGCAAUAUUGAUUUUAUUUUCAUGGGUUUUUGUUGAUGUGAAACUUGCAAAUUGAUGCUUUUAUUUUCUUAAUAUUGCACUUUUAAUCUGGUAUUAUUCCUCACAAACUUAUUUUUCAAUGUUGGAACAAGGCAAUUCAAUAUUUAUUAUGACUGUAAUAUUUAACCAGAGCAUAAUGUUGUGUGUUGUUGACAAUUCAGACAUGAACUUUUCUUCUCUGACUUGACUGUCCAUGUAAUUCAAAAUAAAAAUGAUUAUUUCUGUAAAGAAAAUGACAAGA